UUACUGGAUCGACGAGAUAAUCGUAUAUAAGCCACCGUACCUGGAGGGUUGACCAUCAGUCACCAGCCAACUGAAGACCAACAGAUCAAUCAACAUGAAAUUCUUGCUCGUUCUCGUCGCCGCUCUGGCCAUCGCCGCAGGUAGCCCCGACCGUGAGCGUCGGUCUCUGGGCUUGGGCUUGGGCCUGGGUCUGGGACAUAAUGGCGUGGUGCUUGGCGGACUGCCGGGAUUAGCGUUGGCAGGUCAUGGUUCUUCGAUCGUCGGCCCCUUAGCCGGGUCUGCCACCGUUGUCGGACCCGUUGGCCCGUCUGCCGCCGUUGUCGGACCCGUUGGCCCGUCUGCCGCCGUUGUCGGACCCGUUGGCCCGUCUGCCGCCGUUAUCGGACCCGUUGGCCCGUCUGCUGCCGUUGUCGGACCCAGUGGUGGCCAUGCUUCGCUCAUCGGACCCGCUGCUGGCCAUGCUUCGCUCAUCGGACCCGCUGCUGGCCAUGCUUCGCUCAUCGGACCCGCUGCUGGCCAUGCUUCGGUCGUCGGACCCGCUGCUGGUGCUGCGGUGAUUGCCGGUCCCGCGGGAUCCGUGCAUGCUACUGGCCACUGGUAAAUACAUCCACGACAACACCACUUCCAAGGCAAUUCGAACGAUCUCUGUCAUGAAUUUGCGAGCGGUUCCUAAUUCGAUCCAUAACCGCUGGGCAUCGAGCACUUCAACCUCAAGUAUUGUUCAUAGACCGAGCCCAACAAAUUAAAUAAUGACAUGUAUACAUACUUAUCCGCUUGGAACGUGAGUUCCAACCAAGAUUUUGUCGCGAGUGACUCUGUUUCUUUUUAUACUUAUUAUAUAAUAAAUAAAGCUCUAUUCUAAA